GGGAUAAAGGAACUAUUGCAUGGGGCAAAAUACUGAUUUUUCUCUUUGGGACCUCCGUUCACAAUUUACUGCCACCCAUGAUUAGGAUCAGCAGAUAUCCUGGAACAUGAAAUUAUGGGCCAGAAGAUCUCAGCAGGGCUUUCCCAUAACAGAGCAGUCUCGCAGCCCACACUACGUUUGCUCUGGAGCCUAUGUGCCCUAUAAUAGUACCUGAAGAGAGUAAGGAAUUAACAGACAGACCUUUUCUACAGAGAAGGGUGAUUUUAUUUUUUUAGCAUAGCAGUUGGACUGUGUGGCACUGUCACAUUAAGAGUAUUUAUAGUUAUAUAAACAGACAUAGAGAAAAUCCUUCAUAAUAAAUGUGUUUUUAUAAAUAACAUCAUAUCUGCAAAGACUGUUCUACUAUAAUAUAAGACUCUCAAUAAAUGAAGUGCAAUAAAUUCGAAGAUUGAGGAAAAGAUUGUGUAUGAAAUUGAAUUAUCUGGGUCAACUGUCAGUAAGCAUUCUAGUCUUUAAUGAUAGGGGCUUAAUGAAGGAAAUACAAGUGAGUGGAAGUAAUUUUGUAUUUUGUAUUUUACAAAAUGUGAAGUUUAGACAGCUGGUGUUAAUUGUCAUAACUCAUUGGCUUCAGUGGAGCUGACAGUUUAUGCCAGUUCAGGAUCGUCUCCUGUGCACGAUAAUUUUAGUAGCUACUUCAGUAUCUGUAAUUUAGUACGACAACUGGUAGUGUCAUUCCAGACAAGUUACAGUAAGGACAUAAAUGUUGAACAUUGCUCUCCUUCCCCUCCUCUUGCCAGUUCUAUUUAAUAUUUCAUUAAAUAUUUUAACAUUGUGGACUGUGUUUUCCUCUCCUAAGUGCUUUGGCUGCAAGUAGUGAAUUUCCGACUCUCACAAUAUGGUUUUCUUAUAUAAUGGAGUCUUCCCUGCAAGUAGAUUACAAAGAGGAGACAGAUGGUAAAUGUAACUUAGACUGUGCCAUGAAGGGCUUAUUUAUAACUCACAGUAGCCACAGGACAGCAGGGAGGCCUCCCGAAAGGAGCAAUCACAGAGGAACGAGACUUUUUUAAAGUCCUGGCUUCGUACUCCUACUGUAAAGAGUAGUAUUCAGGUCAGGAAAACGCUGGUAUUUUUCUGCGUCUCAUGCGAGGAUGUUUAUUGAUUCACUGAAAAUCAAGAACUUUUAUGUUUUCUAAUGAAGAGGAAUUUUAUUAUUUAUGGGAGGUUUUUUAAUUUGGUUAAAGCUGCACAACAUUUUUUGAUCAAUUGAGGACUCUGACCUCCUUUCAGAAAUUGAAAUCAAUUAGAUUUAAGAGGAUGGAUUUUGGGACUUGUGAGCCAUCAAACCUUCUGUGUCCCCUUAAUGGUUUUUUUUUUUUUUUUUGGUUCCCUUCAAUUAUUUUGCCUAAAGUGAGGGUUUAGGGAGUCUGCAUGAAAAGUUGAAAAGGUGCUAUGAUCAUAACAAGUUAAGACACAUCGGAGGUGAUAGCUUACCCAUUUACGGCAAGCAAAUAGGAUGCUUGAAAACGGUCAAUUUUUUUUUUUUUUACAGAGUAUUUUUGAACUAUUGCCUAGUUUCCUCCACAUUAUAGGUUUUGUAUUAAAUUUUCACUUGAAACUUCUUAGAGAUCACUCUAUGCAUUACAGCCAGUCAAACCAUUCUAAUAAUGGCAUUUUCUCUUCCAUUUGAUUCCAGAGGUAGGACCACUGAUCAAAAGAUGGAGGUUAAAUUUCUCUUCUAGGAAAAGUCUCAAUGUAGACCUCCUUUGAAAGUGGAACGGCUGUCUAGUACUUUCAGUACAAACAUUAUAACACCAGACUAACAUUUCCUGAGAUACCUCAUUCAAUCAUAGGAAAGGUAAAAUGUGGAGGAAAAAAAAAUAAUUAGACUAGUGUCAGGUGAAUGGUAGAGGGAUGAGCCUGGAUAGGCAAAGAGAAGCCUAGUAACAAGCUCAAUUCAUUUUUUGAUCACGGUUAUGUUCAACAUUAUAAUCUGGGAUUUUUCUGAGUGGGAAGCUUCAAUGAGGAGCUCUUACAGCUUUUCCUGAGAUAUGUUCAUCUUAGUAAAUAAAAAAGAUGAGACUGAAUCUUAAGAUUGGACAGCUUGAUGACGGGAGGACAAAUCUCCUCCGAAGUAAGUACAUAUACAAGUAGACUCUUGUUGCCUCAAAGAAUAAGCAUUACUUGUAUUAGAUGAACUGUGUAGGAAAAUUCUUAUUACAAAACAAGGAUAUAUAUACAACUUCAAUAUAUAACUAGUUCCUCUCAAAAGGGAAUUGGUGGGAAGUUAUAUUAUUUAAAAGUAGCUAUUGUUAGAAAAUAAAGUAUGUCCAAGUUUCUUGGGUUGGAAAAUCUAUUACCACAUACUUUGUGCAAAGCUAUCGGCAGAUGAUGAAGGCACUGUUCUUCCAUGAUUUGUAGGUGUCAGGACUUCUUGACUUAGCCACACAGCAAUACAUUGACUGUGUGGAUCCUCUCCUAAAGAUAAGGCAGAUACAAAGGAGCUUCAGUCCAGUGUUGUUGUCCCUGAAGCAGUGGUCACUGCCUCACGGACCCAAGCCAAAACUCAAGGAGUGCUUCUUUUUUUUCUUAAAGGCACUGGAUUGUCUUUAUUGGAAAUUACUCAUCUGCCUUGAGGGGUGCCUGAGGCAGGGUCCUGCUGCUGUUCCUGCUCAAGGUUUAACUUCCACAGAGAGAGAUGAAGGUGCAAACACGGGUGGUAUCAUGUUUAGUAAUGCCCUACUGCUUUGUAUCUGUAUGUUUUAGCAUCAAAGGUAGAGGUAGGAUGACUUGCAGAUGCAAAAUGUCUUAGAGCCAGCUGGCUAACUUUCAACAUAUUAAGAGUUAGUGAUGCCAAAGAACUGGAAAGUAGCCUAAAGUAAUAGCAGAUAUGGCAGUAAUCCAAAGGUAGAAACAUACCUGCCACCUUGAGGGCCCACAACCUGUUGGACUGGCACAUUUUUGGAAGUUCAGACAGCAGGAAUUUGCAAAGAAAAUGUCUUCUAACGUUCGCACUGUUAAAGAAAAUUUCAGAUUCGUUAUUUGAGGGAAGGUCUCACUGCUGUCAGCAAUCUUAGUGACGCUCUUAAGGGGUUCAGGUAAUUAGAGCUGUCGGAAAGGUUCGAGACAAAGUUGAUCCAAAAGCUCAAAUACUAAAUUGUGGUCUCGGACUUGUAAACAUAAUCUUCUUCCUACAAUUAAUUGCAUAUAAAAAGCAAUCCAGACUUCGGAAUAGUCAGUUUUUGAAUUACUUUAAGAGGAAGCCAUAUAGGUAGCGUAUGUUGCUGUAGUGAAGGUUAGCAGCAACCUUCACUUGAGGUGUCUAGGUGAGAUGGAAUUCCUUGUGAAAGAUUAUCUUUGGGACUUACUUUUCUGCUCCAGCCCUGUAUGAAGGCUAGAAGGUCUCUAUGUCCCAGGCUACUUCAGUGCAUGAAUUGUACCAAUGCAUGACGUUCCUUUGUUUUCUGAGGGGCUCAUGCAGUAAACCUUUUAUUCAGCUUCUGUAUUCUAAGUACAAGGCUAAAGGCUAUCAGCCACAAGUAGGGAAGAAGAAAUUAAAAAAGCAGAGAAGCAAAAGAAGAGAACAGAGGAGAACUUCGCUAAGACCUGCUUAGAAAAAUGAGGAAGUCAAAGGAUUUUAACUAGUUUUAAGGUUAUACAGAUCACAAUGGGGAUUUUACUUAUAUGCAAGAAGUAAGCUAAAGCUUUCAAAGAUGUGCAAACCCAACUGCACAAUAUACAAAUGCAUAUUAAAGUGUACGGGGACCUUGAGACCACAAGAGUGCUAGCGAAGUUUUCUGCCUUUCUAGACACAACAGAAUUUUAACAUGCUAUUGCUGAUCUGAAACAGUCUAAAUAGGAACUUAUACUUCUAUGUUCACGUGUUCACAAAUGACAAACUGAAGUGCCUUGUAUUCCUGUCAGUCUAGAAAUGAGGUAUUUGUCAACUCCAAUUCAGGGGGGGAAUGACUUUCCAUACUCACUUGUUGAAAAGGAACACCCAGAUGUUCUCCAGAACACCUCUGUUGAAGCUGAAUUUGAAGAGUUUGGAAUUUGUAAAUCAGAGCAGGGAUUGGUAGCUAAAUGCUCUUGUUUCGUAUGUUGUGACUGCUUUCAUUUGGAAGAACAUGACAAGAUAUCCAAGAAUCUCUUCCAAUCUGUAUAGCUACAGCAGCACCAAUGAGCAUUGAUGACGUUGGUGUAUUUUUUUAAGAGCUUAUAUGACCACAGCUCUGAAUGUUCAUUAACACUACAUAAAAAUUCCCAUGUUUAUAAUCUGUUUGUAAUUCAGAAUUAGAGAAUUUAAAGGCUGAGAACUACUAAGAACUUACCUUUCCAUAUCGUGAAAUGCCCUGACUUCAGUUCCUCUAAACCACAAGUGAGAAGCCCUUUCCAGUAGUAAGCUACUUUUCUAGCCUUUUUACUUUAAGCCUUUGAGUCCGUUUGUUUGCACAUUUGGCACACUGAGUUUUUAGGCUCGCCUGGGACUCAGGGCAUCAGUAGAGUACAGACAGCAAUGGCACUGGAGUCAUGUCAUGAUUUCCUUCCUCCCACAAACUCUGACAGACCUGAUGAUUUAAAAAAAAGGAAAAUCCUUGCCCUGAACUUAAAGUGCCUUUCUGUUAGGUUCCUAAUAAAUACAGUGUAAUUCAAAAUUUGUAACACUUUUCUCUUAAAAAAUGCAGUGCCAUUUCCAGCCCAAAAUUAAAUAAAUACUUUCUCUAAGGUAUGUAUGUGGCUUACCUAACUCAUUUCAUAGUUCUUAGCACUACUUUUCCCUAGAAUAGCCCUAGGAGAAAGGAAAGCAUUGUUUUGUAUUCCCAUAUUGGAUGAAGAGCUGAGAGAGUUGCUGGCCUGGCUGAGACUCAAGCAAGAGCAUUCACCCAGGCAGGAGCUCCAGCUGCAUCUCUGAAAUGCAGGUAGGUCCCCCCAGCCAUGGGGCCACCUUUCUUCCUGUCAGCCGUAGAAAGGCGAAGCAGCAUCUCCAGGAGGCUGUGGGGUUUUGGCCUGAGCACUCUGCAAACUUCAUGCAGCCUGAGCUCACUGGCUCGUACAUCAGACUGAAGUGGAGCGGCGGAGGUGCAGAGCACAUUCCUUUCUGCUAGCAUGAGUAUUGAGAAAAACAGUUUCAUAACACACCAGACAGGGCAGCCAGAGCUUGGCUCCAAGGUAUUUUUUCUUUUUUUUUUUUUUUUAAUGGAAAUUAAAAACCAAUAUCUAGGACUAUAUAGAGGGGUUUUGAGCAUGAAUAGUGAAUCAUACGCUUGUUCUUUUAAUUACUGUUGCAUACUUAGAUCCUAUUCACAUCUUCAAAACCCUCAAAGGACCAAAUGAAAUUGUGAUACAUCAAUUUCAGCCUAUGCAAACUGAUUUACAAGAAGAUGGUUAAAGCAUCAUUUAAAAGGAAAAGAAAGGAAUAUAACUACAACUGUUUCUUUCAGGUAGAAACUGAAAGCGCUCUUAAACAUACCAGGUGCAGAGCACAAUACAGUAGCCAUGAAUGACAUUGCACAGAAAACUGAGAUUCUGCUUUCUUCAUCUAAACCCGUCCAAAAAUCCUAUGUGCCCAAGCUUCACAAGGGGGAUGUAAAGGAUAAAUUUGAAGCUAUGCAGAAAGCAAGGGAAGAAAGAAAUCAAAGGAGAUCUAGAGAUGAAAAGCAAAGAAGAAAAGAACAAUAUGUUAGAGAGAGAGAAUGGAACAGGAGAAAGCAGGAGAUGAAAGAACUGCUUGGAUCUGAUGAAGACGAUGACGCAAAAUCAUCUAAAAUAGAAAAAGGUUAUGUUCCAAAGCUAAUAGGAACCGUUAAAGGCAAGUUUGCAGAAAUGGAGAAGCAAAGGCAAGAAGAAGAAAGAAAAAGAAUGGAAGAAGAAAGAAAGCGCAGAAUUGAACAAGAUAUGAUUGAGAAAAGAAAAAUUCAAAGAGAAUUAGCAAAAAAAGCACAGGAGAUUGAUGACUUUAACAAUUCGGGAACUGAAUCAGCAGCAGAGGAAGGGGAUGAUUCACUGCUAGUUACAGUAGUGCCUGUAAAACCCCCCCAAACAUCUGGGAAGAUGAAAAUAAACUUUGAGAACACAGGAAAGGAGAGUGCAGAACAAAGAGAGAGACAGGAGGAAGAAAUGAAGCUAAAAUAUGAGGAACAAAAACAAUUCCUUAAGGAAACAGAGUGCCUUUCAUUUGUCAUGGGUGAAAAUGAAGACAAUGAAACACAAGAGCCUCUGUCUCCUGGUAAGCUGAAAGUAACAUUUGAAGAACUUGAAAGACAAAGACAGGAAAAUCAAAGGCGGCAAGCAGAGGAGGAAGCAAGACAGCGUUUAGAAGAGGAAAAACGGGCCUUUGAAGAAGCUAGACAGCGAAUGAUAAAUGAAGGUGGCGAUGAAGAAUCUGAAAAUUCUGUUAAAGAAUUCCGUCCUGGUAAACUCAGACUCAGUUUUGAGGAGAUAGAAAGACAGAGAAGAGAAGAGGAAAAGAGGAAAGCAGAAGAAGAUGCAAGACGACGCAUAGAAGAGGAGAAAAGAGCAUUUGCUGAAGCAAGGAAGAACAUGGUGCUGGAUGAUGAAUCACCAGAACUGUUUAAAACAGUUUCUCAAGAAUCUCUCAUACCUGGUAAACUGGAAAUUAAUUUUGAGGAGUUGCUGAGACAAAAAAUGGAAGAAGAAAAGAGGCGCACAGAAGAAGAGCGCAGGCAAAAGUUGGAAAUGGAAAAGCAAGAAUUUCAACAGUUGAGACAAGAAAUGGGAGAGAUGGAAGAAGAGUCUGAAACUUUUGAGCUAAGCAAAGAAUACGAAGAAUUAAUAAAGCUAAAAAGAAGUGGUUCUAUUCAGGCAAAGAACUUAAAAAGCAAGUUUGAAAAAAUAGGACAAUUGUCUCAAGAAGAAAUACAGAAGAAAAUUGAAGAGGAGCGAGCUAAAAGAAGAGCAAUGGAUGAAGAAAUAAGAGAAAGGGAAGCUGAAAAAUUUCAAGAGGAUGAUGAGGUAGAUGUGAGACCAGCCAAGAAAUCUGAGGCUCCAUUUACUCAUAAAGUAAACAUGAAGGCCCGUUUUGAGCAAAUGGCAAGAGCCAGGGAAGAAGAGGAGCAGAGGAGAAUUGAGGAACAGAAAUUACUACGCAUGCAGUUUGAACAAAAAGAAAUUGAUGCAGCAUUACAGAAGAAAAGGGAAGACGAAGAAGAAGAAGAGGGAAGUAUUAUUAAUGGUUCUACUUGCGAAGAUGAGGAGGAUCAAGCUCGAUCUGGAGCUCCCUGGUUCAAGAAGUCACUGAAAAACACAUCAGUUGUUGAUGGCGAGCCAGUGAGAUUUACAGUUAAAAUUACUGGAGAACCAAAACCUGAAGUUACAUGGUGGUUUGAGGGGGAAAUGUUGCAGGACUCUGAGGACUAUCAAUAUAUUGAAAGAGGAGAAACCUACUGCCUUUACUUGCCAGAAACCUUCCCAGAAGAUGAAGGGGAAUAUAUGUGUAAAGCAGUCAACAACAGAGGCACAUCUGCUAGCACCUGUAUUCUCACCAUUGAAACUGAUGACUACUAAUGCUCUACUUUAGCUGGAAUCUUUCUUCCCCUCAAAACUUUCUUAUUGCAUCAUCUCUUUCUCUGAUGGGGCCAACUAAAGAAAGCAAGGAUAUGCAUUGAUUUGUCAUUCCUGCAUCAGAUAAGAAUAACCUUCAAAUUGUGAGAGUGUCCAGGUUCCUUGCUCAAUACAAAAAUUAGUAUUAAAGGCUAAAAAGAAGAAAUUAAUGUAUGAAAAAUCAACUAAAGGAAAAAGCUGAAUUAUAAUAGUGCUCCCACAUUUGAAGACCAACUGUUGUGUAGUAGUAUAAAGCUAAAUACACAAUCUGGAAACUUGUGCAGUAGUGUAAAUCUAUUGGUAUAUUUUGCAUGAACACUGAAUAUUUAAGCUGUUUUACUUUAUCCCAGAGGCAUUGAACUGGCAAAAGGAAAUACUUAUUGAUGAUUUUCAAAAACCCCAGUGUACUAUUUUUAAAGAAUAAAAGAUUAAAUAACUGCUCA